GGGAGGGAAGGAGGGAGGGCGAGAGAGGAGGAAGGAGGAAGAGCUGAGCAGGGAUGAGAGAGGCGGCCAGGGCCCCGGGCCGGAGCAGCGCGGGGCCGUGGGACCAGGGGGGCUGAGACCCCCCGGCUGCCCCCUGUCCUUCCCUGCCCCACGCUCCCUUCCUCCCACGCUCCCGCUCGAGGAGGGGGUUUAUUCAAAUUUUAUUUAAAUUCCUAGCUUCAGAGGGUCGCGCGCUGGGGGAGGGGGAGGGCGGGGGCGCGCGCUGGCUGGGGGGCGGGGCCGAGCGGCUUCCUUCGCCCCCUCCGCUCGCCCUGUCGCCGUAGAGCAGGGGGCGCAGUCCAGGGGCGGGCCCAGGGGAGGGGGGCAGGUUACAGCGACCCCCCCCUCCCCGGGAACCGGCGGUGGGCGGGGCUUGAACCCCGGAAACGGUGGGGGGCGCAGGCCAGUCCCUGGACCCCUGGGCAGUGGGAACCGGGAAGGGGCCAGUUAAAGGGCCGGGGGCUCCGGGAGAGGCGGGACGGGGCGGGGGGAGGGGAGCUGGGAUUCGGACCCGGGACUGAGCGGGGCCGGGCAGAAGCUGAGCACCCUGCGCCCGGGGAGCCCCCGUUGGCCUGGGGGGGCUGAGGGACUGAGCCCCCCAGAGGAGGACCUCCCCCUGGAAGGGCCGCGCCGCAGCCCGUGGGAGGGCCUCGCCCCCGGCGCCCCCCAUCUCCACUCGCCGCCGUCCCGGCCUCCACCGGAGGGAGGGGCCGAGCGCCCUCGGGGGGCCGUGGACCCCGGCGUUCUGAGCGUUCCGCGCCCCGCGCCGCCCGGCCCCCCCGCUGCCGAUGGCCGCCGACCCGCCGGGAGCUGCCGAGAAGGGAGAGAUGGCUCCCGGGACACGUGUGAGCCCUCGGCGUUGCUGACGCCCCCAAUGUCGUCGAGCAGCCGGGGGCCGGGGGCCGGAGCGCGCCGACGCCGAACCCGCUGCCGUCGCUGCCGGGCCUGUGUGCGAACUGAGUGCGGGGACUGCCACUUCUGCCGAGACAUGAAGAAGUUCGGGGGGCCCGGGCGCAUGAAGCAGUCGUGCCUGCUCCGGCAGUGCACUGCUCCCGUGCUCCCACACACAGCUGUGUGCCUCUUGUGUGGGGAGGCUGGGAAGGAGGACACAGUGGAGGGAGAGGAAGAGAAAUUUGGUUUGAGCCUCAUGGAGUGUACAAUCUGCAACGAGAUCGUCCACCCUGGCUGCCUGAAGAUGGGGAAGGCUGAGGGCGUCAUCAAUGCGGAGAUCCCCAACUGCUGGGAGUGCCCUCGCUGUACCCAGGAAGGCCGAACCAGCAAGGAUUCAGGUGAGGGGCCAGGCCGCCGCAGGGCUGACAACGGUGAGGAGGGUGCCAGCCUUGGGAGUGGAUGGAAGCUGACGGAGGAGCCGCCACUUCCGCCGCCUCCACCCAGGCGCAAGGGCCCUCUACCUGCUGGCCCCCCGCCUGAGGACGUGCCUGGGCCCCCCAAACGAAAGGAGAGGGAGGCAGGGAAUGAGCCCCCCACCCCAAGAAAAAAGGUGAAAGGAGGCAGAGAGAGGCACCUGAAGAAGGUGGGUGGAGACGCCUGCCUCCUCCGAGGAUCGGACCCAGGCGGCCCAGGCCUUCUGCCCCCCAGGGUUCUGAAUCCGAGCCAGGCAUUCUCGUCCUGCCACCCUGGGCUCCCUCCCGAGAACUGGGAGAAACCAAAGCCACCUUUGGCCUCUGCUGAGGGCCCAGUGGUGCCAUCCCCAUCACCCCAGAGGGAGAAGCUAGAACGAUUCAAGCGAAUGUGCCAGCUGCUGGAGCGGGUGCCUGACACUUCUUCUUCCUCUUCGGACUCAGACUCCGACUCAGACUCAUCAGGCACAUCGCUGAGUGAGGAUGAGGCCCCUGGCGAGGCCCGGAAUGGGCGACGGCCAGCCCGGGGCAGCUCUGGCGAGAAGGAGAACCGUGGGGGGCGGCGGGCCGUGCGCCCUGGCAGUGGGGGACCCCUGCUCAGCUGGCCCCUGGGCCCGGCUCCACCACCCCGGCCCCCACAGCUGGAGCGGCACGUGGUACGCCCCCCCCCUCGGAGCCCUGAGCCUGACACACUGCCUUUGGCUGCUGGAUCCGACCACCCUCUGCCCCGGGCUGCCUGGCUUCGUGUCUUCCAGCACCUUGGGCCCCGAGAGCUGUGUGUCUGCAUGCGAGUCUGCCGGACUUGGAGCCGCUGGUGCUACGACAAGCGUCUGUGGCCUCGAAUGGACCUGAGCCGGCGGAAGUCACUGACACCACCCAUGCUCAGUGGGGUGGUUCGCCGCCAGCCCCGUGCCCUGGACCUCAGCUGGACAGGUGUCUCCAAGAAGCAGCUCAUGUGGCUUCUGAACCGACUGCAAGGCCUGCAGGAGUUGGUGCUCUCCGGCUGCUCCUGGCUCUCUGUCUCUGCCCUGGGCUCAGCCCCACUGCCAGCCCUGCGGCUCCUGGACCUGCGCUGGAUUGAGGAUGUUAAGGACUCCCAGCUCCGAGAGCUGCUGUUGCCUCCACCAGACACCAAACCAGGGCAAACGGAGAGCCGCGGGCGGCUGCAGGGGGUGGCCGAGCUGCGCCUGGCGGGCCUGGAGCUGACAGACGCCUCCCUGCGGCUCCUGCUACGCCAUGCACCCCAGCUGAGCGCCCUGGAUCUGAGCCACUGUGCCCAUGUUGGAGACCCCAGCGUCCACCUCCUCACAGCUCCCACUUCCCCGCUCCGAGAGACCCUGGUCCACCUCAAUCUUGCCGGUUGCCACCGCCUCACCGACCACUGCCUCCCGCUCUUCCGCCGCUGCCCACGUCUCCGCCGCCUAGACCUGCGCUCCUGCCGCCAGCUCUCACCUGAAGCUUGUGCCCGGCUGGCAGCCGCUGGGCCCCCUGGCCCCUUCCGCUGCCCAGAGGAGAAGCUGCUUCUCAAGGACAGCUAGUUGGGUGCCCGCCCUCCCCCAGGACUCGUCAGGAGCCUGGACCCCGGGCCUUCGUGCACCCCGGCUGGGAGGCCAGGUCACCCCACCCCCCACCCCCCGACCGAGCGCCUCUCCCCCUGCACUGAUCUCCGGGGGCCUCCACCCCCCCCACCCGCUUCUCUUCCGUCCCCUGGGGAGCUGAGCCAAUGGGAUGGUGGGCGGGGGGGUUACAGUGCAAGUCUUCGGGAGGGAGAUGGGAGAGGGGCGCGGGCCGGGAGGUGGAGGGGGGCAGGAAGCAAAGACCAGAUACUUGGGGGGUGGGCGGAGGGGAGGCAGAGGAGCAGGGGCUCUGGCGUCCUUGGGGGAGGGGCAGGAGCCCAGCGGGGCCACCCCUUCUUCCCCGCCUUGACUCCUUGGACGUCACUGAAAACGGCAGCUAUCGCGGGGGGUGGGUGCGGGCCUACCUGCUGUUGAGCUCGCGGCCCAGGGGAGUUCGAGGGGUACCCAGCCCCGCCCGCCUCUCCGCACAAUACUUGAACAUUCAUCCGUACUGAAGUGUUACUUGAACCGGGGGACCUCGGACCUGGGGGAGCCGGAGUGGGAUGAGGCGAGACCAGCGUGGACUGACUGGACCGGUGGGCGCCUAGUUUGGACCGUGCCACCCCGGCGCGCUCUGGAGCAGCGUACCCCUCCUGACUUGAGUUGGGGAUGGGGUGUGGCAGCCCAAGGAUGGGGAAGAUGGGACUCCUCCAGCUUGGCUCUUCCCACGUUUUCAUCGUCACAGAAACAUGUAACCCAUUUGCCCAGGGACCUGUCAGUGCUGGUUGCCGUGGAAACAGCAGCCAAUGGACACCUCCCUAUGCCAGUGCUAAGGCUGGAAAUGGCCCCUCAGUUGCCAUGGGAACUUAGUGACAGACUCUUGGCUUUCCCACCCCUUACUCCAUUGAGGGGGUGGGGAGGUCGGGGCCAGGUCCCGCCCCCCAGCCUGGGCUUGGGGGGAGCCGGGUUGUACCAUGGGGGGAUCUAUCCACAUACCUCAGGUAACUGGGAGGCGCGAGGGUGGGGGGAGGGGCUGGGCGGACCAAAGGCUGGAGGGGAGGGGCCCGGGGACGGCGGAAGGUUUGAGGAGGCCGCCCGCUGAGGGCUAGGGCUUACCCUGCCGGGUUGGGCCCCUGGGUCCCAGGUCUGUACAAAAUGGUUUGCUAUAAAACACAAACUUCCAGCCGGG